AUGAGCAGAUCGGAUGACAAGACAGUCGUGUUACCUGCAGCACAGUCUCCCUCACCAAAUCAUUCGAGUUUUUCUCCGUGGAGUCAAGGCUGCUCCAACUAUGGAUAUGAUGGCCACGACGUCAGGACCCCUUCUUCAACCCCGGGAUCUAGAUCGGACGAUCCGGCGGAUUAUUCUCUUGUUGAGAGACUGGUGGACGAUCUAAAAAGUCCAGACGAGGAAGUGAGAGCCGCAGCUGCGUUGGAGCUGAGACUCCUCGCAAGGCACAGUGCAGACAACCGCAUUCUGAUAGCAAGAUGUGGGGCUAUUCCGCCCUUGGUUUCCUUGCUGGAUUCAGGGCCGACCCAGACGCAGGAGCAUGCUGUUACAGCGCUGUUGAAUUUGUCGAUCAACAACAGGAAUAAGGUUGCUGUAGCAGAGGCAGGAGCCGUCGAACCGCUCAUCCACGUUCUGAAAUGCGGGAGCAUGGUGGCCAGGGAGAAUGCAGCGGCGACGCUGUCCAGUCUCGCCGUGCUGGAAGAAUACAAGAUCAGGAUCGGGCGCACCGAGGCGGUUAAAGCUCUGGUCGACCUUCUAGGCUCUGGAAAUCUCAGAGGUAAGAAAGAUGCGGCCACUGCACUGUUCAGCCUUUCGAUUAUCCAUGAGAAUAAAGCACGCAUAGUCCAAGCCGGGGCUGUAAGACAUCUUGUCCAGUUGAUGGAUCCCGACGGCGGAAUGGUCGACAAAUCGGUGGCACUCGUGGCCAAUUUGUCGACGAUAAGUGAGGGUUGCCAGGCCAUUGCUCAGGUAGGAGGUAUACCCUUGCUGGUUGAGGUGGUGGAAGCCGGGUCAGAGAAGGGAAAGGAAAACGCGGCUUCCGCUUUGCUGCAGUUGUGCAUGAACAACCACAAGUUCUGCAGCCUGGUGCUUCAGGAAGGAGUCGUGCCGCCCUUAAUUGCGUUGUCUCACUCGGGCACGCCAAGGGCGAAGGAGAAGGUAUGCACACACGACUCGCAUGCCACAUACUUCUGCUAUUACUGCCAACUGUCGGCUGGGAUUGAUGAUGCUUUCCUGACGGGUUCCAUGGAAUCCACUUUUCUGCAGGCUCAGCAGAUCCUCAGUCAGUUCCGAUGUCAGCGCGAAGGUAAUUUCGGGAGGAGGCGAUGA